AUGCCUGCACUACCGAUCGAAAUUGUUUACUCCAUCGUGGAUGAAUUAUCAAACGACAAGAACAGCUUAUUGACCGUCCUCCUCGUUUGCCACGAUUUGAAUAGGCAGGCCCUUCGCAGCCUUUACGAGGAUCUUUCAUUUGAUAUCAGGACCUCUCAUCGGUCGUUGGUCUCGUUGAGAAAGCUAUCGCGUGCCAUCGACAAAAACCCAGGCCUCCAGCACACCAAAGGCUUUUCUAUUUGCUUUCCAGAUAGCCACCUCCCUGCGUAUCGGCAGGCUUACCGUCUCCUCGAUGAUGUGAUCCCUGCACUGGCGAACUUACGUUGUCUAUCCAUGUCGUGCCCCCUCGGCGACGUCUUUACUCCUGCUACAUUGCGGCUUGUUAUGUCGACAGCACAACUUACCCAUCUAUACUUGGAUUGCGUGCUGUAUUCAGAUGAUUUUAUCGACUUCCUUGCCGACCAUCCGAGUCUGCGAUGUCUCGCCCUGUACGCCUUCAUGGAUGGUGGCGGAAGUGACGCGUUACCCGCCGGUACGCUGCCGAAUCUGCGCUCACUCGCGGUGCCAACCGACCCUUCUGUUCUCGUACGCUUCGGGGACAAGCCGUCACUGAGUGACCUCAGUCUCAUAGCAAGUGAAUACCCCUACCAGACCAUAGAUGCGAGACCUAUUGCGGAUGGGUUCGCUACAAUACGCACGUUGUGUACCGUUGGCAUCGAUUUCCCCAGCGUCUUGGCCUUGAUCCCUUUACUUCCAAACUUGGAGUAUUUGACUGCUAGUGGAUAUCCACCCUCGAAUAAUCACGAUUUUACUGGACUCGCAUCGUCGAAGCUGAAAUAUGUGCAGCUUGAUUUUCUGUCCGACCCGUUAUUUUUCUCCAGCGUCUUUUUUGCUGCCGUCGAGACCCUGCUUAUUGUCGACGUUCUCACUAAGAUUGACGGGAAGAUUGACGGGAAGAUGAAGAAAUGCCGGAGGGUUUACCGUAACUCAAGUAACAAUGUCGUUCUCGCAGACAUCGUAACGGGCAACUGGCAACAAUGGUGGGAGCCCAUCGAGAAGGACUUACAACGCCAGAUUCGUCUCUAA